AUGUCUUCGAACGCACCGUCUAGUACCCAUACCGAAGAACACCAUCGGUCUCCUCUCGAAUUUGUCCUUGAGCGAGUUGCUAUCCUUGAGAAACAACUUGACGCCGAACGAAUCGCAAACCUUGAAAGACAACUCGAGACCACACGACAAGCCAACUCCCAUUCAACUGCGAGACGCCACCUCCGAGAAUCUGAAGAAAGAGAUAGCGACAUAAAACUGGAUGUUGUCUCAGUGAAACUUAACCCAACCUCAAGCCUUCAAUUACGCCAACGCUGGCUCUCCGAACUGGAAGAAAUUUUUGAAGCGUCUCCCCGCCGAUGGCCCAUCCCGGAUGAUGGAAGCUGGGUCAAGGGACGCCUUGGACGCCACUCUAUUAAAUCCGUUCGCUGCCCGGAUUGA